AUGGCGAAUAACACACCUCUUAUCCCGAUCGGAGCGCAGCGCGCGCUGCAAAAUUUCACCAACAGAACUGUCAAUGGUCAGCAUAUAACGACCAUUUGCAACGAAGGCACUAUCAUCAUCCCGACAGAUGUUGGUGCCGACAAUAACAUUGCAAUAUACAACGACGGCACCGUCGACAUGCCAACAGGCGCAAGCGGUGGGAAGAAGACGACGAAAUACACUGAGCGCAGCAAAUCCAAUACUACAAAGCGCAAUAGAGCAAACCAUGAAAAAAGCCACAGGACUCACCAUCGCACUCGUGACGAAACCAACGGGUACGAAUAUAUAAAUGAUGACGCAGCCUACGGCUACACCAAUGAUGCCUUCGACGAACCCAAGCCUAGUGUAAACUACUGGAACGAGCAUGGAAACUACAAUGGAGCCAAUGACUAUCACCAUGGCACUUCUAAUGGGAACCAGCUUAUCGGUACGAAUCAUACUUGGAACAACAGCAACUUUGGCAUACACAAUGCACCGGGGGGACAGAUUGCUGUACCACCAGGUAGCACGAACGGCAACAAUAUCGCCAUAUACAAUGCACCCACCGGCAACAUUGUAGUGCCGGCCAGUGUAGCCAAGACCAACAACCUUGCCAUACACAACGCACCAAACGGCAAGAUUAUCAUGCCAAUAAAUGGUGCCGACGGCGGUCACAAGAAAACAGUCAAGUGCGGGCGUUGUGGGCAAAGAUUCACGACGCGGGAAGAUAAGCAAGAUCAUCUCUUGUAA